AGAGCAAAAAAUUGAAGUCUACUUCGUCGUCGUCUUCCACUAAAUUUCUGGUUUUAUCGAAGACUUUUGUACAAGUACAUUUGCAGACUGUCAAUAACCCUUUUGUCACGGUAUUACUCCAAGCCGCGUACUGGAUAGACUCCAAAAUAUCCUUUCUUUAUGUAUUUUGCAAUCUGGGUUCUCCGAUUUUGAGGUUUUUGAUUGUUUUCAGGGUCUUGAAAUCGUGAAGAAGCAGAGCUUUUUGCGGAAUUAUAACAUCUGCUUCUCAUGGCGAGCUUUUGUUGCUUCGGUUCUUCAGACUACGAUCUCGUGGUUGGAAGGGCGUCUAGUAGUUCUGGUAAAGGAAAAAACAGCGAAGGCGAGAUUAAGUUUGGUUACAGCUUAGUGAAAGGGAAAGCCAAUCAUCCAAUGGAAGAUUACUACGUCUCCAAAUUCACGAAAAUAGACGGUAACGAGCUCGGUUUGUUUGCUAUCUACGAUGGUCAUUUGGGUGAACGUGUUCCUGCUUAUCUACAAAAGCAUUUGUUCUCCAACAUUCUCAAAGAGGAGCAGUUUUGGUAUGAUCCUCACAGAGCAAUAAUUGCUGCAUAUGAGAAGACAGACCAAGCCAUUCUGUCACAUUCUGACCUUGGCCGUGGUGGUUCAACCGCUGUAACCGCUAUUCUGUUGAAUGGACGGCGUUUGUGGGUGGCAAAUGUGGGUGAUUCCAGGGCGGUUCUAUCUCAAGGAGGUCAGGCAAUACAGAUGACUAUAGAUCACGAGCCACACACUGAAAGAUUGAGCAUCGAGGAUAGAGGAGGCUUUGUAUCAAACAUGCCAGGGGAUGUCCCUCGAGUCAACGGGCAGCUAGCAGUUUCUCGUGCUUUUGGAGACAAAAGCCUGAAAACACAUCUACGGUCAGAUCCAGACGUUAAAGAUUCAUCGAUAGAUGAUCACACAGAUGUUCUUGUUCUUGCUAGUGACGGUCUAUGGAAGGUGAUGGCUAACCAAGAGGCGAUUGAUAUCGCGAGAAGAAUCAAAGAUCCAUUGAAAGCAGCUAAAGAACUAACAACCGAAGCACUGAGAAGAGACAGCAAAGAUGAUAUAUCUUGCAUUGUCGUCAGAUUAAGGUGAUGAAAGAUGUUUUAAAACCACCAAGGAAAAAACAAGGAUGAAACAAUUUAGAAAUGGAAGAAACUAAAUAAAUAAGUUUGAUUAUAUAAAGAGUAGUAGAAGAUGAUGUAAAAGGUUUUUCAAAAUCUUUUCUUUCUUGUUAUUAUUAUUUUUUUUUCUUCCGCUGUAAAAUUGGUUGAUCGGUUUGCCGGAUGUUUUGUAAUUUGAUUGGUUUGAUUUGUGGUUUGUGUAAGUGAAAGUGAGAAUCAUAUGAUUUGGUGUAUAAAAACAGCUUAUCUUCUGCUUUGAUC